UCCACCAGGAUGCUGCAGGAAAGCGAGAUGCCAGGUUUUUUCAAGGACUACUUCAGGGUCAUCCGGAAGUCGGUGUCCAACGAUGAGUUCAACCAGUUCUCGAAGCUCAAGACGAACCCCGAGCGAGUCAAGUUCAUCUUCAACCUCCCCGCGGCGCACGAGAUCGACAUCCAGACAUUUUACAAGGGCAAAUCCGAGAAAGAGGCCAUGGAAAAGAAGGAGGCUGGAAACAAGCUCUUUGGGAGAAAGAAAAAUAUGGAGGCACUUAAAUUAUACAGCCAGGCGGUGGUACAUGCACCUGUGCCGACGGGUAAAUAUUGGAGGUUGAUCAAGGAAUGCGCCGACCCGAAGAAGAUGACGCUGUACGCUAUCUGUCUCGCCAACCGGUCGGCCGCGCUUUUCCACCUGAAGGAGUUCUACUACUGCAUCAAGGACAUAGAUGAGGCUUUGGAGCAUCAUUAUCCCAGGGAACUCAAGCACAAAUUGUACAAGCGGAAGGGUCGACUCCUUGUCAACAUGAGGCAGUAUGUGGAUGCUCGGGAGGCUUACCGACAGGCCCUCAAGUGGCUGGACUGGGCCAAGGUCGAGCGGGAGAAGAGAAUCGACAUGCAGGGUGAUGUGCAGAAGUGGCUGAAGAUGUUUGAGGGAUCGAAAAACUUGGUCAAUCAUGAAAACGAAUUCGACCCUGCGGUCCUGCUCCCCAAAGUCCCCGAGCUGUGCCAGGGCAAGAACGAGCAAUACCCGUCCCUCAGCAAAAAGCUCACCGUCAAUGAGGACAACAGCCAGGGUCGUUACGCCAUCGCCAAAGAGGACAUCGAACCUGGAGACGCCCUGGUCACCGAGAAGCCGUACGCCGCCGUGUUACUGCGGGAGGAAUUCGGAAGCCACUGUCAGAACUGUUUCAUGCUGACGAAAGCGCCUGUUCCCUGCAAGAAGUGUUCCAGCGUCCUCUUCUGCUCAGUGGAAUGCCGCAAUGCCUCCUACUUCCACCAAAUCGAGUGCUCGAUACUGGACCUGCUUGUGGGUUCAGGCAUGUCCAUCAACUGCUUCCUGGCGCUGAGGAUAAUCACGCAGUCGCCCAUCUCCUUUUUCCUGGAGAUGCAGGACAAGAUCGAGAAUGAGAAGCUGAAGGAAACGACAGAGGCCAAGGAAUUUUAUGACCCCACGGACUUCUUCCGCCUGUACAACCUGGUCACCCACUCUGAACAGAGGACCCCUGAAGACUGGUUCCAUCGCACCUGCAUGGUCGUCUUCUUACUGAAAGCUCUGAAGAAGACCAAGUACUUUGAGGACAAGGGUACACAGACCAAUUACCCACUUUUUAAGGAUAAAGUAGACAAGGUGAAUGAUGUUCGAAGCCUACAUUGGGGCUCUGCUUCUCCACUUCCUUCAGAAAUUACCCGGAUAUUGAUAAUGAGUCUUUCAAGAAAUGAUCCAGUAGUGCAAUUCAAUGCUCAUGAAGUCUCGGAGUUUGUGACGUUAACACCCAAGUGCUUGACUGGAGCCAAGAACGAGACGAUUGGUGCUGCUAUUUAUCCUACACUUGCCCUUUUCAACCACUCCUGCCAUGGUGCACAAGUCAGGUACUUCAGUGGAAACCGUGUAAUUACCAAGGCCAUAAGACACAUUGCCAAAGGAGAGAUCGUCCCGGAGAACUAUGGCCAGCAUUAUGCCUCGAAGAACAAGAGCCAGAGGAGAAGCCUGCUUGACAGAUACUGGUUUGAGUGCAGUUGUGAGGCUUGUCAGAAGGACUGGCCUCUGUUCAAGGAAAUGGAGCACAAAGUGAUGUACUUCAAAUGCCAAAAAUGCCAAGGUCCAUUGCCAGUCAACAUUGCCCAGACAGUCAUACCAUUCUUCAAGUGUGACCGCUGUGGAGACCAGACAAACAUCUUGGGAGCUCUGAAGAACUUGCAGAACACUGAGCAGACAUUCAAGGCCGCAUGCAAAGAGAUGGAGACCUUUGACUUAGAGAAGGCUGAAUCUCUCCUCGUUGAGAACAUGAAGCAACUGGAUGCUGUCCUAUACCCUCCUUACAGGGACUACCACCUCACCCAGGAGGCUUACAUGCGUUGCUGUCUCCACGCGGGCAACCACAGAGUAGGAGAUCCCAAGCCCGACCCCGAAGAAUCCUAAGCUGGGAAACAGAGAAGAGUUAUUCACGGCAGUUUUUUUUUUUUCUCUCUUUUUUUUUUAGGAUGGAAACAGCUUUACUUCUGAGGCUUAUCAAUGGCCAUGUGUUUUGUGAAAGUUACACAUUUGUAUAUCAGGACAACUGUUACUAUUGUAAGGUCAAUAGGUGAAAUGUUUCUACAAAUCCUAUAUACAAAAGCACCAUAGUUUUGACUAGGCUGCUGCGUAUGUAGUAAAGUCUAUUGAAAUUAAAAGUCAUUUAUUACAUUAAGGUUAAAGAAAAAGAAAUGGUAUUAGUUGUAUUGCUUUGCUGAGCAUGUUAUUUGCUUAAGCGUUUAAUUAAGGUAAUGAAUUGGGAUUAAUUCUUAUGAAAGUCUUUAAGAAAUAUUAGAGUUAAAAGGUACACAUUAUUCUUGUCCUGGAAGAGUGAAUUUUCACUCACAUAUAUAUGAUAGUGUAAUUUGAAUGUAUAUUGUAAGAUAUUUCUUUUAGAUUUUUUCUCUAAGAGUUGGUAGAGAUAAUAUUUCCUGUCUAUGGAAUAUUGCUAUAAAUCACUGACUGGCAA